AUGUCACAGAGAAUCCAAGAAGACUUUAGAAAUAGUUGUUUGCAAGAUGUGUUUAAUAUGAUUAGAUAUGUUGCCUUGGAACCCAAUAUUGUAAAUGCCACAGUAGUGCAUGCCUUGGCACUUAAAGUUGGAUGUUUUGCUGAUCUGAGGGCUGCAACUUCUCUUCUCACUGUGUAUUCAAGAACUGGAUAUUUUGGAUCCUCGAUGGCUUUAUUCGAUGAAGUUCGUGAUAAAGAUACAAUUUUUUGGAAUGCAAUAAUGAGUGCAUACAUAGAAAACAAGUGUUUUGAGGUUGCACUGGAUCUCUUUGUGAAAAUGAUCGGUGAGGGAAUUGAAUUUGAUCCCACAACCCUUGUUAUUUUUAUUUCAGCAUUGUCUAAUGGGAGAAGACUUGUGCAAGGUAAACUUAUUCAUGGAUUGAGUAUCAAAGCAGGGAUGCUUUCAGAUACUUUCUUGAGUAAUGCAGUGAUUGAUAUGUAUGCAAAAUGUGGCCACUUGAGCUCAUCAAAGUUCCUUUUUGCCGAAAUGGAACAUAGAGACAUUGUGUCUUGGAAUUCAAUUAUAAGUGGUUGUUUGUAUAAUAACCAUUAUGAGAAGUCUUUAUGGUACUUGAAAGAGAUGAAUUGUAGGGAAAACCAAGCUGAUGGGGUAACAAUUUCUUGUGCUAUUGCAGCAUGUACUUGUUUGCAAGAGUUUGGUGUUGGUUUGGCAGUUCAUGGAUGGGGAAUCAAAUUGGGAUGUGUUGAGAGCCAUCACAUUGCAGUUGCAAACUCUCUCAUUUCGUUCUAUUCUCAAUUCAAAGAUAUUAAUACUGCAGAAUGCUUAUUUGAAGAAAUGGAGGUUAAAAAUGUGGUUUCUUGGAAUGCCAUGAUCAAGGGGUUUGCUUUGAAUGGAGGACUUCAGGAAGCAUUUAAUCUUUUGCGCGAUAUGCAGUUUGUGAGAUCAGUCGAACCUGAUAUCGCUACUAUAGUUACAUUACUUCCAAUAUGUUCGGAACUAAUGCUUCUACGAGAAGGGAAAUCAGUUCAUGGCUUCAUCAUUAGGAGAGUGAUGGGAUCUGAACUAUCAGUAGUUAAUUGUCUCAUGGAUAUGUAUUUCAAAUGCAAUAAUGUCGAGAAAUCUGAGUAUCUGUUUUGGACUGUGCCAAAGGAAGAUUUGGUGACAUAUAACACUAUGAUAUCUGGAUAUGCACAGAACGGGCGAUCUUGGGAAGCUCAAAAUUUAUUUAAGAAAUUACUCAGCUGGUGCUCAACGUGUACUUUGCCAACUCUGUUGGCAAUUCUUCCUUCUUGUGAUUCCCCUGAGUCACUUGAAUUUGGAAGAUCAAUACAUGGUUGGCAUCAGAAAUUGGGAUUUUUAAACGAUAUCUUGGCAUCAAAUUCCCUCAUCUAUAUGUAUAUCUAUUGUGGAGAUUUGCUGUCUGCUUCUACAUUGUUAUGCAGAAUUUCUGUUAGAGCUGACGUUACUAGUUGGAACGUUGUCAUUACUGGCUGCACACAGAAUGGCCAUUUCUGGGAAGCUUUAGAGUUCUUCAACUUCAUGAGGCAGAAAUCCCACGUCGGUUAUGAUUCAAUUACCCUAGUAAGCGUUGUUUCAGCUUGUGGGAAUCUUGAAUUGGCAUUGCAGGGGAAGUUAAUUCACGGCCUUGCUCUUAAAACUCCAGCAGUUAUUGAUAUUCGUGUACAGAAUUCACUCCUAACAAUGUAUGGCAGAUUUGGGGAUACUGAGAGUGCAAGAUUGAUAUUCUAUCAUGGUCACAAUCACAAUUUGUGUUCUUGGAACUGCUUGAUAUCAGCUUUCGCACAGAAUGAGGAUGCUAAGAAAGCGCUAGAAUUAUUUCGCGUUAUAGAUUUUGAACCAAAUGAUAUCACCAUUUCUACAGUUCUUUCAGCUUGUACCCAACUCGGAAUCCUAAGAUAUGGAAAGCAAAUACAUGGACAUGUUUUCAGGUUUGAUUUCAAUAAAAACCCUUAUGUAUCUGCUGCUCUUUUGGACAUGUAUAGCAAUUGUGGCAGGUUAGAUGUAGCUCUACGGGUCUUUCAUAGCUCACCGGAGAAGUCUGUUUCAGCCUGGAACUCCUUAAUAUCUGCUUAUGGAUUUCAUAACAACACUCAACGAGCAAUUGAAACGUUUCAUGAAAUGAUCGAUUCUGGAAUUAGUCCAACCAAUAGCACAUUUGUAAACCUCCUUUCAGUUUGUAGCCACUCGGGGCUGGUUGAUGAAGGCUGCUGGUCGAUUGGGAAGGCUCCAUGA